AUGAACAAUGAAGGAUCCAUGGAAGACGAAGUUAAAGCCCGAGUAUCAUCCACAUGGCUCAAAUGGAAAUCGUGUUCGGGAUUCAUGUGUGACAAGAAGAUCAAACCGCACAUAAAGGGGAGAUUCUACAAGGCUGCAAUUCGACCAGUGGCCCUCUACGGAUGCGAAACGUGGCCAACCUCAAAGAAUACUGAACAGAAAAUCGCAACGACUGAAAUGAGAAUCCUCAGGUGGAGCAACGGAUUUACGCUGCUGGACAAGAAGAAAAACGAGGAUGUUCUGGAAAUGGUGGCAGUCCGAAAAAUUCGAGAUAAGAUGGAAGAAAGCAGAUUGAGAUGGUUUGGACACGUGAGAAGAGCGGAAGCAGAUUCAGUGAUCAGAUUGGCAGAAGCCUAUGAAUGCGAAGGAAAACGAGGCCGCGGAAAACCCAAACUGCGAUAUAAGGAUACUAUAAACACUGAUAUGAGAACCAACAAAAUAUCAGAAACCGAUGCAAUGGACCGUAUAAAAUGGAGACAGAUGAUCAAAAGAGCAGACCCCAAACCGGGAAAUAUGCCAAGAUGA